AGUGACAUCGGACCCAAUAAAAGUGUGGUUCGCCAAAAUAGAGCUAUAUAAAUAGCUAUAGCUAUUUUAUAUUUUCGUUACGGAAAAAAACUGUUCACAGAGAUUAACAUUAAAACAGCGUUCUAUUUUCUUGUCAAUUCGUUUAGAAAAGUUGCCAAAUAGCUUCUUGGUGCAAUUGGCUUAUUCAAAUGCAUAACGACCCCGUCUUUUUGGCUAUUGUGAUCAGCUGAUGGCGCAACCUAUCGACUCAUCGCUGGAAUGUGCCGGAGCAGCAGCCACUGCGUACAAAUUAUUUAAAUUGGUUGCAACAAUAGAUGAGCAUGUCGAAACCAAUUACUUUUGUGACGGGCAAUGCUAAGAAAUUGGAGGAACUGGUCGCCAUACUUGGGCCUAAUUUUCCACGCACGGUCAUCUCAAAAAAGGUUGAUUUGCCAGAGUUACAGGGAGAGAUUGAUGAGAUUGCGGUGAAGAAAUGUAAGGAAGCAGCUCGUCAAGUGGAUGGUCCAGUGCUAAUAGAGGACACCAGUCUGUGCUUUAAUGCGCUAGAGGGAUUGCCUGGUCCGUAUAUUAAGUGGUUUCUCGAGAAGCUGCAACCCGAGGGACUGCAUCGAAUGCUGAGUGGUUGGGAGGAUAAAUCUGCACGUGCUGUUUGCACAUUUGCGUAUUGUGAGAGCUCCGUGGCAGAGCCGAAAAUCUUUCAGGGCAUUACAGAGGGCACUAUUGUGGAGCCGCGUGGUCCGCGCGAUUUUGGCUGGGAUCCAGUGUUCCAGCCCAAAGGUUACGAUAAAACCUAUGCUGAACUGCCCAAAUCAGAGAAGAAUACAAUUUCGCAUCGGUUCAGGGCGUUGGAUUUGCUGCGAAAUCACUUUCAAAACGAAAAAUAAUAAAAAACCGCGAUGACUACUUAUUACAAUUGCUAAUAAUAAAUUUAUUUAUUUGUG